AAAUGCCUGCCGCUGCUUUCAUGCUGGUCCAAGGGGCGAUUUCAAACCUAUUUUGUUUUUGUUUUGGAAAAAAAAAAGGUUGCGUGCCGCAAUUUAAUGCCAGUAAAUGAUGUCACUCCGACAGAAAUCGGAGCAAAUAAAAAGUGGGCAGAUUGGAAAAGCAGCAAACAUUCGUAGACAGAGAGAGAGAGAGAGAGUGAGUGAGUGAGAGACAGAGACAGAGAAUGCUGAACACUGGUUAACUUCGCAAACGUACACACAUGAAAGUUCACAGAAUUACAAUCAACUUCGAAACAGUCGCCACAAAACCACAGCAGAAAAACAACUGGAAACAUGAAGCAGAAAUUCUUCAUAUUGAUUUCCGCUUUGCUGUACCAUUUCAGCUCCUGUCAGUUCCAGAACUCCCCAGGAGACGCGAUUGCCCGUCAGAUGCUCUCCCAGAUGCUGCAGACAAACCAGGAGCUGGCGGAGAUCAAGGAGCUGCUGAAGUCACAGGUGAAGGAGAUCGUCUUCCUGAAGAACACGGUGGCCGAGUGCGAUGCCUGUGGGCUUAACAAAGAGGGGAAGCAUCCCCCGAUCACCCAGUAUCCCUACGGAGGCUGUGGCUCCAGCCCCUGCUUCCCUGGGGUCCUGUGCACCAAUUCAGUCGACGGAUUCAAGUGCGGAGCUUGUCCGGAGGGUUUUACGGGGAAUGGGACGCACUGCACUGAUGUGGAUGAGUGCCGGAUGAAACCCUGCUUCAGACGGGUUCGAUGUAUAAACACGUCCCCGGGUUUCCGGUGUGAGGCGUGUCCCAGUGGCUUCACCGGCUCCAGGUUUGGGGGAGAGGGAGAGACCUUCGCCCAGAUGAACAAACAGGUUUGUAACGAUAUUGAUGAGUGCGAGGACGGGCACAACGGGGGCUGUGACCCCAACUCCAUCUGCACCAACGUACAGGGAUCAUUCCGUUGUGGAGCGUGUAAAUCGGGAUACCUGGGAGACCAGACCCAGGGUUGCCGUCUCAAGAGGAGCUGUGCCAACGGAGCCCCCAACCCCUGCCAUAUAAACGGCGAGUGCAGCAUCGGGCGUGACCGAAGCAUCAUCUGCAACUGUGCGAUCGGCUGGGCCGGGAACGGCUACGUGUGCGGGAAAGAUACUGACAUCGACGGGUUUCCUGACGAGUCGCAGGCUUGCUCGGAGCGGAACUGUCAAAAGGAUAACUGUGUGAUGGUCCCGAACUCCGGCCAGGAGGACGCUGACGGGGAUGGGUACGGAAACGCAUGCGACGAGGACGCUGAUGGCGACGGAAUCCCAAACGUCGAGGAUAACUGUGUGCUGGUGCCCAAUGUCGGACAGCGGAACGUGGAUCAGGACAAUUUCGGGGACGCCUGCGACAACUGCCGGCUGACCAUCAACAACAAUCAGAAGGACAUCGACAACGACGGCAAAGGCGACGCUUGUGACAGUGACAUGGACGGAGACGGGAUCACUAACAUUCUGGACAACUGCGAGAGCGUUCCGAACCGAGCGCAAGUUGAUCGGGAUAAUGAUGGAGUGGGAGACGCAUGUGACAGCUGCCCUAACAUCAGGAACCCUGACCAGUUGGAUGUUGAUGAUGAUCUCGUUGGGGAUUCCUGUGACACCAACACUGACAGUGAUGGGGACGGACAUCAGGACACACGGGAUAACUGCCCGACGGUGAUUAACAGCAGCCAACUGGACACCGACUCCGACGGGCUGGGGGACGAGUGCGACGAUGAUGACGACGACGAUGGAAUCCCUGACAACAAACCCCCCGGUCCCGACAACUGCCGUCUUGUCGCCAACCCCGGCCAGGAGGACCAAGACAAUGACGGGACGGGCGACGCGUGCCAAGGCGACUUUGACGACGACAAGGUGAUCGACGUGAUUGACAUGUGCCCCGAGAACGCCCAGAUCACACUGACCGACUUCAGGGUCUAUCAGACGGUGGUCCUGGACCCCGAGGGCGAGGCUCAGAUCGACCCCAACUGGGUGGUCCUCAACCAGGGGAUGGAGAUUGUUCAGACAAUGAACAGUGACCCGGGGCUCGCUGUAGGCUACACCGCCUUUAACGGGGUGGAUUUUGAGGGGACGUUUCAUGUGAACACGGCUACGGAUGAUGACUACGCGGGGUUUAUAUUCGGCUACCAGGACAGCGCCAGCUUCUACGUGGUGAUGUGGAAACAGACGGAGCAGACCUACUGGCAGGCCAACCCCUUCCGGGCGGUGGCGGAGCCGGGCAUUCAGCUCAAGGCGGUGAAAUCUAAGUCGGGGCCGGGGGAGCAGCUGAGGAACUCGCUGUGGCACACGGGAGACACCAGCGACCAGGUCCGGCUCCUGUGGAAAGAUCCCAGGAACGUGGGCUGGAAAGACAAGACUUCCUACCGCUGGUUCCUACAGCACCGGCCGCAGGUCGGCUACAUCAGGGUUCGAUUUUACGAGGGCCCCGGCAUCGUGGCUGAUUCCGGCAUCAUCAUAGACACCACGAUGCGCGGGGGGCGAUUGGGGGUCUUCUGCUUUUCGCAAGAAAACAUCAUCUGGGCCAAUCUGCGAUAUCGUUGCAACGACACAAUCCCAGAAGAUUUCCAAGCAACACAACUUCAGUACCAGCUGUGAGGAGAGGCAGUGGAGAUGGCGGCCAAACAACAGACCGUGUGAAAUCCUCGGCCCCUUUCCUGGCGCGGAAUAUGAACCUCUCACACCCACAAGCUUUGGAAUUCCCUUAAUAAAUAAAAGUUAAAACGAUUUUCUGGAAAAA